AUGCUGAUGUCGAUGCUGACUCUCGUGCUGCUGUGGUCACAGGUCGGGCUAGCUGCGUUCAUUCGUAGGCUUCCAUGUGCUCCGGCCGGCGCAGAAUCCGUAGUCCCUGGCAUCUUUACCCCGGACAGUCUGAGUGGUGGCCUCCAUGUAUCGGAUACGACGACGCUAUCCCUCAAGCUAUACGGCGAUUAUGUCGGCCCCGAUGACUGCGACGCCCUGGAAGGCGAGUUUGCAGAGCCCAUCGUCAAUGUCAGUGUCCUGGGUCGCCCCGUUGGGGUCCAGGCCGAGACGAGUGGGAGAUGUCCGACCAUUCUGCCCGACGAUGGUCUACGGUCUGACCUUCGAACAUACUCGAAGUACCUGAUGUCCUACUCUCUGGAUAGCCCUCACAGGUUCAGCACGCUCGCCACGACCAUUCGCCUUCGAUUGAACAAUGGCACAGAAGUGGCCUGCAUCGCCGCCAAUAUCACCUCUGAUCUGGGUUCCACGGCCAAGAAUCUCAUAUUGGGAAUUCCCCUGGCCAUCAUGCUGUUCUCUGGAAUCAUUGCGGCCGGGAUCAAAUUCUAUAUGGGUCGCCAGUCAAGCAUGUUCCGCUAUGAAAUCGCCAACAGCUCCUACGACCCGGCCGAAUCGGCGCUUCCUGGCAUCGGGGAAUGUCUGCAGUACAUUCAAUUUGUGUUCUUGUCCGGCUGUCUCACUCUGCUGUAUCCUGGCUUCUUCAGACCGGUAGUUAGCCAACUCGCCUGGUCGUCCCUGAUCUAUGCAAAUGGUCCGAUCACGCAUCAAUUCACCUAUCCUGGGGUCGAGGAUGGCAUCUAUGCGUUCAAUGCCACUUAUGGACUAGAAGAGAUGUCUCAUAUCAUGGGAGCGACAACAAUGGGGGACCUGUGGCCCAAUACCAUUAUUAGCCUGGCGAUCAUGAUCCUCGUGGUGGUGGUCAUCACUCAGAUCACCUCGCUGCUCAAGUGGAUGUGGCGAUUGUUUCCCUUCUGGGGACCCCCGGGGGCCUUUGAGCCCCGCAAGGAAUUUCUGUCGCACAUCCAGCACGCCGGAUGGAGCGUUGUCCGCAUGGUGCUCCACUACUAUCUGCUGCCCAUCGUCACCUUCUCGCUCUACCAGCCGGUAAUGGGUCAUUCGCAGGUGUAUCGGUCAUUUCUUGCCAUCUCGGUGCCGGCAGCCCUCGCCGUUUCGUUAGGAUUCUUAGUUCGAUAUUUGACGGUCCAUAAACGACAGGACUCUUUCUUCAGUGAAAGCACUCUCCCGGGCCGGUCCACGCGAAGGUGGUUCUUCGAUGCCUUGUACGGGCUCCCGCUGGUCAGAGGCGUCGCCAUUGGCGGCUUGCAGGUCUCUGGCAUUGGGCAAAUUGUCAUUCUCAUGGCCUGUGAAAUCGCACUGAUUGUCUGUCUGCUACUGUACCGACAAAAUGGCUCGGUGUGGAGACCCAUCGGCCUGGCCGCCGUGCGACUGACCACGACGGCCAUGAGCUGUGCCUUUCUUCCUUCCGCGGGACUCAACGAGGGAUCGAAGGGCUUGGUGGGAUACUUCAUCCUUUCUCUACAUGCGUCGGCCCUCAUUCUCGGAUUUUUCGUGCCAUCGCUAUAUAAUUGCGUGAUGUACAUCCUAGUGAGAUUUGGGGUGCUGGAUUCUCACUUCGUGGGGGUCAAAGCAGACCAACAAAACGCUCCGGUGUUCGGAUUGAAUCAACUCUCGCGUCGGUCGAAACGGGGAACAAGCUUCUCCCACCUACCUGCGCUCAGCCCUCCAGACGAAUCCAUCACCGCGUAUAUAACACACACGCCCCUGCCCCGACCUGGAUCCUCCGGAGAAUCACGUAUUGCCGACGAUGCAAGCCAGUUCUAUCGGGCUCCGCGACGCAACGCUUCGUCGUAUGCCCCGUCAUGUGCCCCGUCAUACGCCCCUUCAUAUGCUCCAUCAUAUGCCCCAACCGACGGCACACGCACCAUUCGCUCGGUGCCAUCAUCCUCGGACAUGGGUGACUCGGUCACCUCCUCCGGUGGUUCCAGCAUGGAACUGAUCGAAGAGGAUGAAGACGACUCCGUGUCCGACCGGGCAUCUAAUGUUGAUUAUUCCGUCCGCGAGGCGGAUCAGUAUUAUCGCCGUCAGAAGAUUGUUAUGGGAUCGAGACAGUCGGCAGACGCCAAUUCACAGUCAAGACCUCCCAAGGCCUUGCCUCGAUGGAAGCAGCGGAAAUCGAAGGAGAAGGGGUUUGAGGUUGUCAGACCUGCACGGCCCCCAUCGGAUGGGUAA